AUGUCCACAACAGAACCGCCGCCUGCCACGGCGACGGCCUUUGCCACACCGGCACCCAGCUCCUCGCCGCCUAGCACUCAAAUGCCACCCGUUACCUACGUCAUAAUCCCGCUCGUAACGCUGGCCUCGGUCUUUCUCAUCGGCUUCUUCGCGUAUGUGCGCCGGCGCCACAGCCGGCGUUUCGAAGCAAGCAGUGCCGGCGACGGCGGCGAGGCUCAGAUGCAAGAGCGCCGUCGCAACGACACGGACGCGGCCGACCGGUGGCCCCCAGCGAGUUUAGGCCUCAACUGGUGGUUUUUCCGCUCCAACGAAGGUCUCAAUGAGCUCGGCGAGGCACCGCCACCGUACGACGUCGAGAGGCGCCGAAAAGCCGCGACAGAAGGAAGCGUCGACGCAACAGACGAGGGUGCGGAGCCGAGAAAUAGUGUACUAGAGGAGAACGAAGACCGCGAGUCGAGACACAGCAGCGAUUCAACACGAGAGCCGCCAAGACAUAGCGAGGAAAAUAUAAUACGAAGACCAAGCAGCCGGGUCAGCAGACGGAUCAUCGAGGAACAAAGACACAGCGCGGGCCAGCAACCACGCCGCAGCCAGGAAGACUCACAAGCGACAACACCUGAAGAGCAAAUACAACAUACACAAAGUAGCGAAGAGCAAGAACAAGAACCACAAGAACCCACUCGUCCAAUUCGCCUCUUUGACGAAACGCCAUCCGAAGCCCACCGUUCCGCACUGCCGGUCUCCUCAUCUUCCUCCCAGGAGCUCCCCGGUCUCAACAGCAGCCCCCGCCGCCAAACCGCCGAGGAGAUGGCCGCCAUCCUGGAUGCCCGGUGCCUCCGCAACCGGCAGUGCCGCCGUGAUCACGAGGAGGCUGCCGCCGGUUCCUCCUCCCCAGCGGACAUCUGCAACACCGAAUUCUUCCACACCCCGUCGCCAUCGGCGUCGCCCUCGCGCAGCCGGCAACGGCGCAUCGAGCGGCUCAACCAACGCCUGCGGCGCCUCGGGUACGCCACGCCAGACAGCAGCGAGCACUACGGCUCCCAGCUGCGCGAUAUGGAGGACGGUGCCGCGCCGCCCGACUACGAGCGCGCACCGGUCGUGGCCGUGCCGGCCCCUGCGCAGCUGCCUCCGCCGCUCGCGGCCGACGCGCCCCCGCCGUACCCGGCGCCCGUCGUGCGCCGACCCCAGUACCGGUACAGGGCCGGUGACCCCCCCAUGGUCCGGCAGACUCUGUACGAGCACUUUCCGCAUCAUAAUUACCUCUUUAUGCCCCCUCUCGAACAUGACUACCUGGUCACGAGCUACUCGGCAUCGCUCCACUCGCGGUUCUAA